GUUCACUUGAAAGAUGAAAUUAUCUCCAAUAAUUCAGUCAAUAAAGGAUAAUGUCAAAAAAGGUUUAGACAUUGAGAACAGCUUGUAUAUGUUAAUGAUGAAUGCAGUUAUUUACACAUUGUCAGAUAUGGAUCUCAAAUACAUCACAUUUCCCAACAAAAAUUAUAAACAGAGUUGUGUCAGAUUCUUAGAGGAGGUCAAGAAAUAACCUUCGAAUGUCGAUGUGUAAUAGAUUUAUUAGGUAUGUUUGGUAUUUAAAAAACUAGAGAAUGAAUUUCGAUUUAACUGGAGAUGAUUGUUUCGAGAACUCAGAUGAAGAGAAACAAAAUUUUUUUAAUAAAGAACAAACUAUCGUUCAGGUGAUUUUAUAUUAUUAUUAUUUUAGAAAGGAAGGAAGCCAACUGCUUAUGAGGAUAGUUUAAUUUAGUCAUUAUUAAAUCAUUUAAACGAAAAAGAGGAAUUAUUAAAAAAGAAGUUUAAUAAUAAAAAACAGCAUCCCGAAAAUUUUAAAGACUAUCUGGAUCAAAUGAGUCCUUAUGAAUUAUGGAAAAUUAUACAGGAUAUGAAGGGAGGCUAUUAUUUCUUUGAAGUGUUUGAGAACCAAAGACCAGAAUAUGGAAUAAACUACUCUUACAUUGAUAAAAUGAUGAUGUGCUCAAAAUCCUUUGAAAGAGAAUACAGCCAAUUCAAAACUCAUCUUAGAUAACAAUAAGACUUGCAUUAUCAAUCGUUAAAAUAGGAAAUGAAUAAAUUGGGCUCCAUAGAACUCAACACAAUAUCAGAGCCUAUUUGUCUCAUUAUCAAGGAGGAUCCAGAAGUAGAAUGCAAUUGUAAUUUAAGGGGAGCCAGACAGGCUUUAAGGUAAUGGGCCUAUGUGAACUAAGUCAUCAAAUUAUUUAAAGCCAAUUCUGAUUAGGAAAUCCAAUAAUAUAAUUAUAAAGGAUACUUCAGAAAUUUGCUAUUUAAUUUAGAGCAAUACACCAAUUAGGUUAAUUAAUAGUUCGAUUAUCUUAUUAAAAUAAAUGAAAUCUUGAAAUCCAAAGUGGCAUCCUUGAGAAUUCUACACUAAUAAUUGAUACAGGAAUCAUAAAAUUUAACAAAAGCCCAGAGAUUGCAGGAUGAAGAAAUCAUAAGGCUGAAACAAUAAAUUUAAAAACUUCAAUUGGAAAAGGCUUAAAUAAAUACAAGAUUAAUUAAUACUGAGAAUUCCCUAUUGAAAAUUCGAGAAUUCAGUGAACAAAAUACCAUUAUUAACAAAACAAGGUUGGUUGCUGAAAGUUUGGAGUAACUAGAAUUUGAAAAUAGUUAAGCAAUUAAGAUGUAUAAGUUCUAAUAGGUUUGUUAAUUGACAUAGACAGAAAACUCAUUUGAAUAUCAGUUAUGUACCAUAUGCAGAGGGGAAAAUGCUAUAUUCUAAAAUAUCUAGUAAUUGAAAAUACCGUAAAUUACAUUUGAGAAAUUGGAAAUGAGUUAAAUUCAAAAAACUGAACAUUCACAACUUCAACAUAAAUUCACUCAAACAGAUUUUAAAUUACCAUUAAAUAAUGUUAAGAACGAUUAACCUCGUUGUCUCCCAUCUCCUGGAAUCUAAAGAAAGAGAGGUGCUUCAACAUCCUAUCAUUUGGCUAAUGAAAAUUCAGUACUUUUUAGGUAAGUUUCAAGGAGUCCUCCAAAAUAAAUCGUAAAUCCAGUCUUCAAACGGUUAUUUGAAGACAGUAUGAAUAAGAAAGUCAGAUAGUCGCAACUCUCUUCUCGUAUACAAGGGGAAGAAAAAAACUAAUGGGAAGAAAUAUUGAUGUUGUUGAAUAAAUUAAACAAUGAAUAAAAUAAUAAAGAUAUAUAGAAGAAGAUAGAAAAAUCGAUUGAAAGUUACAAAGAUUAAUUUGAGACCAAGGACAAGUUACCUCAACUUAAAUUGAAAGAGAAACCAAAAGUAUCAGAACAUUUGAUCGAUACUUUAAUGAAGGAAUUGUAAGAUAAUAAGAAGGUGGCUCUUCAGGAAUUGGUAGAGUAAUUCUAGAGUAUUUUGACAGUUAAUAAAUUAAACAAAAGUAGAGAGAUCUAUAAUAAAAUUACCAUUUGA